AAAGAAAUUGCAGCCAGAAGCCUGCCAAUUACGCACGAGAAGGAAGAUUGUCAAGAAUGCAAGAAUAGCCCUGGCGAAGCAUUGAGAAAUACCAGUGUCAGAAUACCAAGUAAUCUUGAAAUCUUAACAUGUGCGGAUGAUAGGAAAGGGCCUGGGAUGGAAGAAAAAGGAAGCAACAAUAGCGAUUUGUCAGCAAGCAGUGACGACAUCAGAGAAUCAAGCGACUAUAAGAGUGGAGGCACGUAUGGUGAAUUUGAGUAUAAAAGCGAGAAAGUGAAAGAAGAAGAAGGCUACUAUACCGGGGAGCGAUCAGGAGAGAAGAUCACUGAGCAGGAGAGCGUGGUGAAAGAAACCACUGGUCGGGAAGAAGCAUCCUCAUUGGAGGUAGAAAUCAAUGAAAUGGAGAUUCCUAUUCCCGCUAUCUACUUAACUGUCCUGAAGGAAGUAUCGACACUGGAAGAAGAGAAGGA